CCCACUAUGCAACUUAAACACCUGUAUUCACCUACACUGUUGAUUGUUAACAACUCGCUGGUCAGUCUGUGUUGUCGGUCCCACAGUACCAUAUUGAUGUAGCUCGAAUAUAUUCACGGUACUAUAUAUUUUAUAGUUUUAUGGUGUUAGUGGAGUGGUGAAGUGGUGAAGGGCUGAAGCCCAUUGUGAUAAAACUAAGAUGACUGUCACUUAUACGGGGCGCGUCCCCAACGGUAGUACUUUUGGAUGUUUUUGGAAAGUACUAGGAAUAUGGCGAGGAAGUGUAUACAAAUUAGUGUGGCGAGAACUCUUAGCAUAUUUGUUUUUAUAUUAUGUGAUAAAUUUUAUCUAUAGGUUUGCUUUAACAGAUUCUCAACAAAGAAUAUUUGAAAAAAUUCGGCUAUAUUUUGGUCAACAAAGUGAAACGAUACCAAUGUCUUUCGUAUUAGGAUUUUACGUAUCUUUAGUCGUAGCCAGAUGGUGGGAUCAAUACAAAUUGCUCCCAUGGCCUGAUACUCUUGCCUUGUUCCUGAAUGCGGGCAUUCCAGGUGCGAAUGAAAGACAAAGACUGAUGAGAAGAAAUAUAGUAAGAUAUGCUGUGUUAGCUUAUGUGAUUACGUUACAAAGGAUAUCACUGAGGGUAAAGAAGAGGUUCCCGACAUGGCAGCAUGUUGUCGAUUCAGGUUUGAUGAUGGAAAGCGAGAAGAAAAUCUUCGAAUUAAUGGACCAGCGAACACCUAUGUCAAAAUAUUGGAUGCCGCUGGUCUGGGCUACAAAUAUAAUAAACCGUGCACGGAAAGAAUCAAUCAUAACUAGUGAUCACAUAGUACAAACCUUAUUGAUGGAGUUAUCGGAUAUGAGGAGGCGGUUAGGAGCUUUGAUAGGAUAUGAUACAGUUAACGUUCCACUUGUGUAUUCACAGGUAGUUUCUUUGGCCCUAUAUGUAUAUUUUAUAGCAGCUCUCUUAGGCAGACAAUUUGUUCCUUAUGCGGAGAAAUCGGUGACUGGAAAAUACGAACAUGUCGAUAUGUAUUUUCCGUUUUUCACUUCAAUACAAUUUUGUUUUUACAUAGGCUGGUUGAAAGUUGCCGAAGUAUUAAUUAACCCAUUCGGAGAAGACGACGAUGACAUCGAACUAAAUUGGCUAAUUGAUAGACAUAUCAAGGCCUCGUACAUGAUAGUCGAUGAAAUGCACGAAGAACAUCCAGAAUUAUUGAAGGAUCAAUACUGGGAAGAUAUAGUACCAAAAGAGCUACCUUAUACAGUAGCGUCAGAGCAUUACCGAAGAGAAGAGCCUAAAGGUUCUGCAGAACAUUACAAAAUUAAAGCUCAAGAUGCAGUAUACGCUAAUCUAAUCACUCCAAAGAAAUCUCUAAUUCCAGAAGAUAUGUAUGCAGAUUACGAAAGUGUUGACACUCCAAUAGUAGAAAGAAGAAAAAGCAACUGGUUUUCUAGACAGAUUUCCAGAACUGGCAUGGGGUCCAUUCGAUCAGCUUCAACCACAUAUUCCUCGGGAGGUCUUUUUGGUAGACAUAGAGGUUAUUCUAUAGAUAUUAAUCCUGAAAAUGGUCAACUGCCAGGUAUCCAACCACAGAAAAUGUCUAUAUAUGAUCGGCUAGUAGGAAGAAAAUCUACAAGAGCCAGAAACUUGAAACCGCUAAGAACAACAGGAUUACCAGUCAAAAAUAGACCGAGAAUUCCAACACCAGAUGUAACAAGGGAAGUUAUAGAUAAAGAAAACAAAAUGUCUGAAGUUCAAAAUCAAAUGUCGGCUGCUGGACUUACUUUAAUGUCACAGCAAUUACCAACGGGUUAUCCUUCGUAUCCAACAGUAGAUGUACCGGUCGUACAGGUUGUCCUUUCACCAAUUCAGGAACUAGAUGGCACAGGUUCGGUGAAUAAUACGUUGCACGCUAAUCAACCUGGCACUACUGCACUUGCACAAGCUGUAUUAUCUCCAGGGCUAGGCCCGGUUUUAACGACACCAGUAAGUGUACCUAUGACUGUUUCACAGCUGACUUCGUUGGGAUUAGCAUCGAAUAACAAUAGUCCGUUGCUUGCAAGAACAUUUGAUCACCAGUUUAGAAACCCAGCUUUUAUUCAGGCUUUCGAACAACCUAAAUCCUCAACGUUGUCCCAGCAACCCAUAACUUUAACUGAAGUACAUACUGAAGAAGAAGCUCAAACCGUUAACAGAAGUUCAAAUGAUUCUCCUGCUUCAGAUGCUUCACACACAUCAAAAGGCUCAUUAGCUUCCAAUACAACAGCAUCAGUUACAUCAAAAAAAUCUUUGGAGUUACCAACUGGAGAAACUGAGACCGACACAGUAGCUUUAAGCAAUUUCGAUGGUGUCCCUAAUUUGUCAACACCUAUAGCUUUGAGAAAAACUGAUAAUAAUAGUAAUACCAGUUCCAAAGAUGAGGGAACUUUAAAUCCAAGUGCAUCGGCUCCCAAUUCUCUUGUAUCACUUGGUGCCGGUAUUAAUUCAGAUAGAUUAAGAAAAAUAUCAUCUCAGAGUGUUGUAGAAAACUCUUCUAAAAAGAGAGAAGUGUACGUAUGAUGAUAUACACAAAGUUAGUGAACUUUUCAAUUAUAAAGGUGCUGUUUCAAAAACUAGAUUACUAGUGUGAAAAUAGUUGUUAAAUUCAUCUACAAAAUUUUUAAUAGUCUUUAUUAUAACAUUUUUAACAGAUAUUCGAAUUGUUUCAUGCGGCCAUGAAAUAAAGUGCCACAUUUUUUGUAAAUAGUUUCGGCAUAAAAAGUGAAUUGUAAACAAUAAAAAAUGUACAUGUUUUAUGUAUAUCAAUUGGGACCUACCUUUCUUUCGUCCCAGUUUGUUUCUAUCAAAUUAUUAUUUAUAUCCUUUUUCUAGAGAUAUAUCUGGUAAUAAUAAAAACUGGGUUUCAUUUAAAAAUUCACAUGUUUUUGAACUGAAAUACCAUGAAUAUAAAUAAAAAAAUUAAAUAUAUACAGUGUAGUUUCUAAAUUCAUAUAAUUAGAGUUGAUAGAACUAAUAAUAUUGAACUUUUUUACAACAAAAUUUCUUUAGCCAUCAAAUCAGUCACCAUCUCUUUGAAGUCGUAACACUUUUGUUAUUUUGACGAAUUCUCACUAACGUCCUUUUUGAGUGCGUUAAUUGAAAUUUUGAGUGGAUAUAAUGAAUGAGUUGCUAAUAAAAUUGCAAACUUACUUCCUCAGUAGGUAUAAUUCGGCCUAAAUUAAAAUAUUUAAAUGACCGGUAUUCAGAUGGAAUGAAUAAUUAUCCAAAAGAGUACAACGAACAAAGCAGUUAUAAAUUAUCGAAACAACUCAUAUUUAUUUAUAUAUUAAAAACAAGGCUGAGACUGGAAAUCCGGUUGUGGCCUGAUUCCCAGAUGUUGAGAUGAGUUGAAUUUGUAGUCUGGUGGGUGGAUCUUUUGUGGUUGAAGCUCCCAACCUGGCAGCUGGAGAACUGUGGGAAAAAAUAAAAUGAGGAAGGAAACUGGAUCACAGAUGGAAAUUACAAAAGAAAGAACGAGUAGAAAGAACAGAUUUGAACAAAAGGAACUUACGCUCUAACAUAUGAAAAAACCUAAUUUAUAUUUUUUAAAAUAUAACCAAACAGUUCUCUGUUCUAUUCUCAUUGUUGCAAUCUGCGAUGCUUGAGUUUUGAAAAUUCCGCUAAUUCUUUCAACACUCACUUCGGCCCAUCUCUUAACAAGGAUCGUCACGACGUCAUCACUAACGUUCUCGCCACUACCACAAUGAUCAUAGUCGCUAUGUGGAACGACCAACAGAGAAUUUCAGGCGCCAUAGACGCUUAGUGGAAUUCACCAUUAGAUUUACAUUUGUGUUUGCUUAAAACAAAAUUAUUGGAUAAAGAGACAAAUAGGAAAUAUCCAUUAUUAUAUAAUAAAGAAGAAUAUAAAAAGACCCAAGACGGUAUAUAUAGUAAUAUAUAGUUUCAAAGAAGUACUACCAAAGUAUUCGUACUUUAUAUUCAAUUAAUCUUUCGGACACGGAGACAAAUAAAAAAUAAUUUGUGACGUUUUCAAAUUUGACACUUCAUAAAACUUAGCAAAGCUUGUUCUGAUUGAUUUUUGUGCGCCAAGCUCAUGAGCGUCGAACCUACGGGUUUCGUGCCCAAAGUGAGUAAUAAAUUGGAAAGCAAAAAUACUUUUGGGACUGCUGACUCAUUAAUCACAUUUAUUCUAUACAAGUCAUCCUCUUCGAUGAUACAUUGCGAUCGAGAAACGUUAAUGACAUAUUCAAUUUCAAACAUAUUUUUUUAAUUGUGGCAUUCUAUUUUAUUUUUUCGAUGUAACAGAAACACAAAAUACAGUCAUUCAGUUUUACAGCAAAUUGUUCAUCUGAAGAGCCAUCUUCAAGAUGUUAAGAAAAUAAGUUUCUAUCUCGAUAUUACAUUAAUUGACCCCUACAAUUAGAUUCUGAAUUAAUUAUUGUCACUUGUCACUUUUUAAAAAAUUUUAUUUUGAAAAAUACAGUUUUUGGAAUUUUAAAUAGUAAUCAGAUAGAUUCUACUACAACGGUUACAAUGAAGAUCGUACUAUAAAAAAGCCAAAAACCUGUGUUUUGUAAAUUUAUAAUAUUUCAUUUGCUCAUUAAGAUGUCGGCCGGCAACCGUCUUCUUAUGCUUACAUUUCUAUAUAAAUACAGGGAUUGAAAAUAUAAAGAAAGUUGAUUACUUUUAGUAACAUGUAUUUAUUUUAUUUGGAGUGUUUUAAUCACAAUAUUGAUACUAUCAAAAAUAAUAAAUAGGUUCGUUAAUAGAUACAUAUAAAUUGUAUAUUAAAAUUUGUUCAUAAAUAUAAGAAAAAAAAAAUGCAACAAAAUCACAGUACACUGAUAAAAUAUAUCCUAGAUUAUACUGGAAGUGAGAUCAAUACAAUUGACAUAAUAAACCCUUACAGUACA